AUGUUCUCUAUUGCUUCUCUCUUUGUACAGUCACGGGGUAAUCACACAGCUCUGCUGCUCGAGGCUCCGGCAGGUCACGGGCACGGCCACCCCGCGCUGAUAGCUCCGAUCGCCGCUGUGGGCAGCGCCGGGGCGCGGCCGCGGGGCGGAGCGGGGCGGGGUGACGGUGAUGAUGAUGGUAGUGGUGAUGAUGAUGAUGAUGCCGCCCUGGCGGAUCCGCGGCGCGGUGACGCCGGGCAGGCUCGGGAGCAGCGGCUCACCCGCACGCGCGGCCGAGCGGGCGGAGGCGGCGGCUCCCGCCGCGGGAGAGCGGGAGAGCCACGGGAGAGGCACGGGAGAGCUCCCCGCGGGAGAGGCACGGGAGAGCUCCCCGCGGGAGAGGCACGGGAGAGCUCCCCGCGGGAGAGGCACGGGAGAGCUCCCCGCGGGAGAGGCACGGGAGAGCUCCCCGCGGGAGAGGCACGGGAGAGCUCCCCGCGGGAGAGGCACGGGAGAGCUCCCCGCGGGAGAGGCACGGGAGAGCUCCCCGCGGGAGAGGCACGGGAGAGCUCCCCGCGGGAGAGGCACGGGAGAGCUCCCCGCGGGAGAGCUCCCCGCGGGAGAGCCCCGGGAGAGCUCCCCGCGGGAGAGCCGCGGGAGAGCCCCGGGAGAGCCACGGGAGAGCUCCCCGCGGGAGAGCCACGCUUCCCGUGGCUGCCCCGGAGCCGCCCCUGCCCGGCCCCGCCGCUGUACCCGCCGGGGCUCCCCCGGCCCGGGCCGCCCCCGCACGGUCCGAGGGGCGCCGGGAGCACCCGCUGGGCAGGACCCGAGCGGGGACAGGCCAUUAUCCAGCUACUGCCGGAGCCCCCCGGGAACCCGAGACCUGACCAGCAACUCUCUGCGGCAGCAGCGCAGGUACAGAGCUGA